AUGGUUGACUACAAAACGUGGCUCAAAGAACUCGACGACAACACCCUGAUCGCGUCUCUUUCAAUUCCUGGCACACAUAAUGCAUUUGCGUGCCAUACUGCUUUGCCCUCUGUGCAAUGCCAGGGUGAAAGCGUGACUGACCAAUUGGAACAUGGCGUUCGCUUCUUGGACAUCAGAGCCGGAAAAUUCCCAUUGAAGUCUGGUGAUGAAGCCAACGACUUGACUGUGGUGCAUGGGAAGUUUCCUGUGAAGAUUCCCUUCCCCAAGAAGUUGUCGAGCGCUUUGGACGAGGUUUAUGAUUUUCUUGACGCUAACCCUUCUGAGACUGUAAUUGUGUCGAUAAAACAGGAGGGCACAGGCGAGUGGAAUAACGACGCAGAUGAGUUUGCCAAUGUCAUUUGGGACAAGUACGUCAACCCAAAGAAGGACAAGUGGUAUUUGGGCACAUCUUUGCCUCGUUUGGGUGACGCCAGAGGCAAGAUUAUCUUGUUUAGAAGAUUUGGAGUGCGUAAUGACGACAGAAGGAACGAGUUUGGCUUUGACGCUGCUUCAUGGAAAUAUAACACCAUUGAAGACGAUAGAGGCACUUUCUGCGUUCAAGACUUUUGCGAGAUCCAGACAGAAGAGGACAUUCCCAAAAAGGUGGAUUACGUUAAGAAAUUGUCUGAAAAGGCAUCCCAGCACAAUUCCACAAACAACGAUAACAAGUUGUUUGUGAACUUCACCUCGGGAUCCAACUUUUUCGACCACAAGUGCUGGCCCCAACAAGUGGCUAAAGCGAUGGCCGAGCAUAAUUUGCAAGACAGCUUCCACAAAGGAAGUGGAAUUAUUGUCUUGGACUAUGUGGAGGCUGACGACUGGAAGCUUACUCGUGAGUUGGUGGACAAGAACUUUUGA